ACCACAGGCACAUGCAGCGACCCCGCGGCCUACAGCUGCGAGCUGUGCGGCAAGGCCUUCCGCCUGCAGCGCAUGCUCAACCGGCACCUCAAGUGCCACAACCAGGUGAAGAGGCACCUGUGCACCUUCUGUGGCAAGGGCUUCAAUGACACCUUUGACCUGAAGAGGCAUGUCCGUACGCACACAGGCAUUCGCCCCUACAAAUGUGACAUCUGCAACAAGGCCUUCACCCAGCGCUGCUCCUUGGAGUCCCACCUGAAGAAGAUCCACGGGGUGCAGCAGCAGUAUGCCUACAAGCAACGCCGGGACAAGCUCUACGUCUGCGAGGAUUGUGGCUACACGGGCCCCACCCAGGAGGACCUGUACCUGCACGUGAACAGUGCCCACCCAGGCAGCGCCUUUCUCAAAAAGACGUCCAAAAAACUAGCGGCUCUUUUGCAAACCAAGCUGAUGUCCAUGCGCCCAGGGAAUGCCAACCUGAGCGAGGAGGAGGAGAAGUGAGGAGGAGGAGGCAGCCAGAGCUGCCGCGUUUACAGGGAUUUGGGGUCUUGAAGGUUUCCCCAACCCCACUUGGGUUCAGUUCAUCCCUCUUGCCCUUCCGGGGCUGGAGGCAGAGCUGGGGGAUCUGUUCUAAGGGUCAUCAGUGAGAAUCGUGGUGUCAGGCCCCCUGUAACCCACAUCCUGUUGACAGUCACAUUAACAAAAGUUUUUGGAUGGUCACGAUCACUGUAAGGCAUUUUUCUUUCUUUCUCUCUCCUUUUUUUUUUUUUUUUUUAAGGAUUUUCACAUGUGGAGGCCGAGGUGUUCUUAGAGAGACUCUCAUUUUAUGGUGCCUUGAAAUAAAAGUACUUCCACUUGCCAUGCUCCUCAA